AGUUGCGCCGCGCAGCCUCCGCGAGCGCCGAUAAGCUAUCACUUUCACCUUCGCGGCGGCGCGGCGCGCCCCGCCAUUCCGCGAUGUAAACAGUGUUCGGCGGCCGUCGGCAGUGGGAGGGGGGCCGAGGUGCGCGUUUAAAAACUGUCGGCACCGCCAGGCGGGCACAGUGCAGCCAGUGGCUUGCGGAGGCGCGAUCAUGGCAGCGACACGCCCCACCACGUGCGGACCCACUGCGGCGUCGUUCGCUGUGCUACUGGUGGCUGCGGCUACCUGCGUGACGGGGGCGUCGGCUGCCCACAACUUGUCGGACGUGCAGUGCGGCCGGCAGUGGUCUCCGGGUCGUCGCGGCGCGCGCAUCGUGGGCGGCGAGUCGGCGGCCCCCGGGGAGUUCCCCUGGCUGGUGUCCAUCACGCGCCAGGGCGGGCACUUCUGCGGCGGCACGCUGCUCACACGACGCUGGGUCGUCACCGCCGCCCACUGCAUGUGCAGCGGCAGCGUGGAGCUGCCCAUCUCGCAGGUACGCGUCUCCGUGGGCGCGCACGAUCUGUCUGCGGCGCACCGCGGCGGCGGCGGCGGCGGCGGCGGCCCGGCGCUGGCGGUGGAGCGGCUGCUGGUGCACCCGGGCUACCGCUGCCGCAAGUUCGCGCACGACGUGGCGCUGCUGCGGCUCGCCGCGGAGGUCCGCUGGCGGCCCGACUCGGCGUGGCCCGCCUGCCUGCCGGCGCCCUCCGGGUCGCCAGGCUCCUCCAGCUUCUCGGGCCGCGAGGCCACGGCCGCCGGCUGGGGCUGGAUGCAGGAGAACCAGGGCGUGCGCGCAGACGUCCUGCAGAAGGUGAAUGUACAAGUAGUGGACAACGAGCAGUGCCGUGAUUGGUACAAAUCUCAAGGCAAGAAGACCAAAAUACUGGACUCGCAGAUCUGUGCUGGCUUUGAAGUCGGAGGCAAAGACUCCUGCUGGGCGGACAGCGGCGGCCCGCUGAUGGUGGCGGACGGAGGGCUGACCACGGUGGUGGGCAUCGUGUCGACGGGCAUCGGGUGCGCGCGGCCGCGCCUGCCCGGGCUCUACACGCGCCUCUCCGACUACGUCCUCUGGAUACAGGAGCACGUGCGCGAGCCCUAGCCCCCGCCGCUCGCCACCAGCUGGGGCCGACUGCCAGGCGCCGGACCACCGAGGACGCGACUGCACUGCCAAUCCGCCGCGCAGGAAACUUCAUUUCUUCUGCCUCUUCUUAAAGGACAAUCAGGCGCAUCAGCUCGAUACAGAACCCCUUUUCUAACGAAAUAGUCUCCAGUCUUCGGAAGUAGAUUACGUCAUUAUUCUCCACACUUAUUCCCUCUUACGCCCAGCCCACUGUAGCCCGAUUUAAAGUAGUUGGCGUUUGACAGCUAGCGUGUUUGUCUGCUACCUCUAGCAAUACACCAGUGAGAGCUGUGGUGGCACUAUGGGCACACGCUGUGUUGCCACUUGCUCUGCGUAAAGUAUAAUGCUUAUCAGUUCUCAACUAGAAAACUUACCCGGAUACGAAAAUGAGCCUAUUCCACGAAAAAAACCUAACUGCAUUUCUAAUUAAAAUGCAAAAAAUAUUUUUGACAUCCUUAGAAUCACUAUAGGUAUUUAUACCAUAAACGAGUAACAGAUUUUUUUGCCACUUCAAACUUCAUACCUGUUUCACGUAAAAACUAAUAUAAUCGCAGAAAACGCCGUUUCCCAGUGCUUGUACGUACCAAAGGAAUGUCGUAGAUAACUUUGGAAAGACCGGUCGUUUUGUAAUCAACAAAAACAAAACAUUGUUUCAUUGAGGUAUACAGUUUGCGAGAUGUGACGGAAUAAAUUUAAAGCUGAUUCCCAGACGGGUAACUGUUACUGGGUUUUAAAAAAUUAACUUAAUUGUGGAUAAAAACUUCUCGGUUUACAAGCAGCAAAACUUUAAAUAAAACACUCCAGCUUUCGACGACUGUCCCCGCCCCCAUCAUCAGGUCCGCCCCCGGUAGCUGAGUGGUCAGUGCGACGGAAUGUCAAUCCUAAGGGCCCGGGUUCGAUUCCCGGCUGACUCGGAGAUUUUCUCCGCUCAUCAUUUCAUCUCCAUCGACGCGCAAGUCGCCGAAGUGGCGUCAAAUCGAAAGACUUGCACCAGGCGACCGGUCUACCCGACGGUAGGCGCUCGUCACACGACAUUAUUAUUAUUAUUACCAUCAUCAGGAGUAAAAGCCACUCAGCGCAGGAGCCGGAACACUUAUAUAGAAAUCACAGAGGCAUCUGGAACCUUCCGGAGGGGGCCGAAGUCACGCUUGCUCGGAAAACGAGUUAGGCAGCUCAUAGCAGCUGCGGUCUGCCCAACGCUAACUGAACUUUAAGGUGAUGCUGAUCCGCCGGGGGGCCGGAAACGUCAGUUGGUGCAACGUGGGGCCCAAGAGAAAUGCGGGCCCUACAACGAACUUGUGACGUCAUACUACUGGACUUGUCCUCCACACUUCGUGAUCGCUCAGCUCCGUGCAGGGCCCACAGGAAAUCAAUAUGUAAUUGAAAAGGUACCCCCUAGAGGUCAUAACUUUGUCGUGUGUUACAGAGAGCUUGCAUGCAUUUAAACGCGCUGUCAAGAAUUAUUAAACUCCUCUGAAACAGUUACUCGCUCCCCGCCGGAGACUACGGAGACCACUCGCAUUCGAGCUUUGACGCACGCGAUAUGUCCUGUCUUUUUCGUGGGCCUCUGUGCGACAAGCCGGCGCCAGGUCUGCAGCUGUUGCUCGCGCCUACCUACAAGCGUCAAGCGUCCAUCUUUGCUUUCGUUCAAUAUCCAGUUGUCCGCCCCCAACAUAUUUCUAGCUUUAAGAAUAAAAUUUAGACUUGCUUAGUCACUACAGUGGCCUAUACCAUAUCUGAACUUCCUUACGCGAGUUUAAUAGAUUAAAGUGGAGUGUUGUGGUGCCUACCUAGUGACAAUAUUCGUCGAGACAACGACGCAACUUUGGUACUUUAAAAGUCAGAUGCCAACUAAUUUAAAUCAAACUGUAAUGAGCUCUAUCUCGACGAGGUGCCAGACUCUCUCUCACUUACUCUCUCAUUCAACUCCCCCCCCCCCCCUUCCUCUCUCUCUCUCACACACUCACACACACACACACACACACAACCUCAAUUUCGUACCACCUCAUAACAAGUGACAGAGCUCUCUCCUAUUGCAUAUCUGAAAUUUUCGACCUCCGACCAAGAUGUUGGUCUUUCCUGACACAGCUGUUUCCGACGGCAUUUCAAACACGUAAAACCGCACAAGCUUCAAGGGUUCAUUAAAAUUCCCUAAAGAUUGCCUCAAAAAUAAAAAGCCUCCAACAGUACAUGGUAAUGGUAUUCCUUCUUAGGCUUGUUUUUGGUGAGGUCUGCAGGAAAGCGUUCUUUUGCUACGAAAUGUGCCUCCCUGAACUGAUAGCCGCUGUUAACUUCUCUCGAAUAUGUAACACAGCACUACUUCGUCUUCUCUGUUUCAGCAACAUUUGUUUCUUUAUGUUGUUGUGUCGCAGUGAAUCUGUCUUAAUCAUGCAUUUCAUUAUCAUUAUUUAUUGGUAUUUAUUAAUUAAAGCUACGUUUUAGGAGCAAAAUAUAUUUAUAAGCUUUAAGAUAAGAAAUUUUGUUUGCUUUCAUGGGUUAAAGUUCCAUUUAGAGCUUUGGAAACAAGAUUAGAAUAUGAGUGGGCCAAAAUACUCUAUUAGUAUUUUUUUUGUCUGGGACUUGGAAAAUGAUCACUGAAAUUGCUCGGGCACACAGGGUAAUAUUAUAAGACUUCAGGUAAUUAGUAUAUUAUAAUGCGAAAAACUAUCUCAAUAUUUUAACGUACUGACGUCUUCCUCACAAAUAACGCUACUGAUUCAUAUUAUAAACAGAUCUCUUAUUGACCACUGAAAUGUCAAAGAUAGGACAAACAAUCUGUUCUUAAACUAACAUAAGGGCAGUAUUUUGUUGAAACUAAAUAAUUCGACCCAAAAUUGUAGGCUUCUGCGAAGUUAACAUCAUUCGAUGCUUUUUGGAAUCUAAGAGGAGAAUAUUUUUGUAAGGCUACAUGUGUAUGUUUAAAACUACUAUCUAUGCUACAUUGUACCUGAGUAUUAUUUACCACUUCCUGAUGAAGCAGAAAAGACGUAAGACUGUAUUGAAACCUACAGUUAUCGCUAUCCUAAAAUAACUGAGUUUACUGGUAUUUAUGUUGUGUCAAAAACUUUUUUUUUUACUAAACACCAACACUCAGUUAUUAUGCGUCACUGCGUUUCUAGUCAUUAGAGUGCCAACAUAUCAUCAAUGAAUUCUGAGUAACAUGGAUUCUGCAACAGAAAAUGCAUAACAUUACACUGAAUGCCAGAGUCGAAAACUUUUCCCAGAGUUCUGUAUUCUUUUUUAGAACAGUUCUUAUCAUUACUUUCAACUGCACCAUCGUGACGAUGAAAGAUUUCAAAGAAAAAUAUUAUUAGCAAAGUCAGCAACUAACUAAGUAAAUUAAAUUUCGUAUAUUAAACACAAAACAUAAAUACAAAAGUUCAGAUGAUGUGUUUCGGGUUUCUGCUGCAUAAUCCAUGUUACUUCUGAAUUUUACACGGGUAGCAACUUAUACGUAUCUCUUGUAUUUCAAUCAUAUUUUAAAACGAAAUUAUUGCAAAUGAAAUAUUAUUUGGAAACCUCUGUUAACAAAAAUUGUAUUCCUUGUCGUUCUUCAAAUGAAUAAAAAUGUUUAUGAUUACAAA